AUGACUACUGAGCCGCCGCAGACACCAAAACGUUCGAUGCGAACAGAAGGUGUCGACAUGCCUCUUCCAAGGAACCUCCGCAGCCCAAGCUCCUCCAGCGACAUCCUCUCUUCGUCCGGUCGCUCCAUUGCAGGAGGUCCUCUGCCCCCAGCGAAUCCCAAGGCGGCCUAUAUCGCGCAAGGCGCUGCCGAACAUCUCACUUCUACCGAGCUCGACAGACCUGUCCUUGUCGAUGACAAUGCGCUUGAUUUGGUCAACGGCUUCCUCGACCAAAUACUGUACAACCUCCUUCACAUCUCCAAGUCCACCGACAUCGAUUCACUUCGUCAUGCUGUUCCCAAGCUGCUCAAACCUCGACUUGGACAGGCUGCCGUAAAUGCCGCCGAUGAGGAAUUGAGGGACUAUGAGAAAGAGGAGGACCCAGACACAUUGCAGCGGCCACCGCGUCCGGCAAGGCCCAGUGAUUUUGACCUCGAACUAGCCUGGAAGUUGGCACGCUUGCGAUGUAUGGUGUAUGCUCGUCUCGGUGAUAUGGAACCGGAGGACGAGGAAGAUUUUCUCGAGUCCGAGCGCCUGGAAGAGCACGUUUAUGGCUCUCCCAUGUCCGUCGUAGCCACGUCGGCCAUAUUCCUCACCUCAAUCCUUGAAUUCGUCGGCGAACAGGCCCUCUGUAAUGCCGCCCAACACGCAGAGAAGCGCCACAAUUCGAGAGCAAGCCGAAAACCGGUCGAGCACAGCAGUGAGUCGGAGCCAACGAUCGAGAACGAAGACUACGUCGCGCUCGAGCCUGUCGAUGUGCUUCAGCUCGGCCGUGAGGGUGCGCUUUCGCGCCUCUGGCGAUCCUGGAGGCGCGAUACAAGAGCGUCUGAAUCAUUCGCCUCCCGUCCAAACACUCCUGGCUUCGUCAUGUCGCCUUCAAUGACCGAACCCUCGCACAGCCGCAAAGCCAGUCAUGCUUCGCGCGUCGCUAAGAUUCCCGAGGAGGAUUCGCCGGACUCGGACUCUAAUAGUCCUUCUCAAAUACCGCUACCAGUCCGUGACACAGACAUUGACGAAAUUGAGGUUCCGGGCCUUGCCCCAGAUUUCGAAGAGCGUGACGAAGCUAGAGAAGCCCGCCCUGAGAUGGGGACCAAGAGACCGUCCAGCAUGCUGAUAUUCCCUGGUUACUUCCCCUCCUCCCCUGGCCCCGCCAGCCCAACAACUCCUACCAGCCCAACAGUUCCAGAGCGUAGUGCGCUCCGGCCUAAGUAUCACAGACAGAGAUCGCAGUCCCUGCCCGAUCUUCCACCUGCGCCGAUUUUCUUCCGCCGCAGCAACAAGAAGGAAUCCGCCCGUGAUGCUCCCAAUGACGUUGCAGCAUCAGGAGUCAAGUCUGUAGAAGAGCCAGAGGAAGAUGUGCCAGUCGAGCUGCCCUCAGCUAGUGAGUCACUCCAGACGUCUAGGCCAAACACGCAGCACAGCUCUCGACCCAGCGUAGUCAACGGUGCUGCCGUUGCGGCUAUUGCUGGGGCACUUGGCGUCGAAGCUGCACGAGCUUCGCGCCGAGGCAGGGAUCAACACGAUGGAUCACGCCCGCAGACGCCACGGACUAAAACCGCAGCCGAAGAAAUGAUGGGUACCAGUUAUCAUCAGCCGGUUGCCGCCAGCAAUCCUGAGACACGUGCCUCCAUCACCGGUCCUAGCGACUUUGAAAGCUUGCACGUACCUCAGGGAGCGCAUAAUGUGGUUGAUGAUCCCGAAGACUUGGCCCUAAGCUCUGAUGAUGAGCAUGCUGUACAGACCCGACAGGAGGCCCGAGACUCAGGCUUUGCUGUGAGUGGAGUCGCAGGUACAUCGGCAGAAGGGGGCCAAGCAGCAUCCUCACCCAUCAGUCCCUGGAGGAAUCGCGAGGCGGCAGUAUACGAGAACUCGAUUGUGUCGUCUCCACGCGAAGAAGCCUCCGAAUUUGACCAGGCCGAUGGCGAGCGACCUCGUACUCAGGAGUCAGUCACAUUCCAGCCGUCCCAGCUUGCACAAACCAGUUCCGUAGCGCGGGCUGACAUGGCCGACGAGACGCCUCCCCUCCAAAAGGCGGAAGUAUUCGAGGACAGCUUAGGCGGUCCUCAAAAUGUCACCUCUAGCACCUCUAUCCCACCGCGCAUAUCAUCCCGCGAGCCUCACUACGGCCAUUCAACUACUGCUUCGAAGUCAUCGCAAUACUCGCAUCAUUCGAAGAGUUCGUCUAGUAGUAGCAAAUUGCUGGGCUUCACUCGAGAUCAGAGUGGUCGGCCUCUGAAGGAGCAGCGUGCGGAGCACGGUGACAAUAACCGUACACCUCAUUCACGAAAUGCCAGCGCCAAUACUUCAAAGGUCAUUCCAGGAGCGCCGUUGGGAGCUGCUACUGGUGGUACACUUGCUGCGCGGCGUGAGCACUUGCGCGUUAGGACUGAUUCGGAGGAGGAUGUAGCGCGGACUAGAAGUCUAGAGAUAUUGAUCAAGAGUGGCGAGACCCUUCACUAUACUCUCACUCCGGAAUCAGCGCGGGCUGAAGAGGUAUGUGUCGAAAGUCGUGACGCGAAUUUGACUAACAAACCAAAGUUCGCUCCCUCGCCCACCAGGCCGAAGACUGAAACGCAAGAUCUUGCUGACUUCUUCCGCAACACCGGUCCGCCAGGCGAACAAAGUGCUACGAGACCAACAAGCUCGAAAGGGACCAAAACGAUGAACGGACUUCGAUCAAAUCCUGUGCAGGCAGACACUGCAUCGACUUCUGUCGUACCCAAGCCUACGGAGAUGCGAUCUAAUGAACAGUCCAACCUCGCACAUUCGCGAUCCCGGUCCUUUGCGGAGCCGCGCGAUCCGCGACCAGAGCGCAACACGACACGCGACCUCGCUGACUAUGUCCGAUCUACCGGACCGGCCAACAACGAACAACUUCCCAAGCCUCUUGUAACGCACAGUAGCCAGGUCAGUCAUUCAGAGACCGUAACGUCAAGCUUGAGAUCCGACGGAGUGCCUCGCGUACCGGCCGAAGCGCAGAGACAGGCAAGUCUUGCUAGCGCUGCGAAUCGGUCUGGGUUCCAGGCGCGUGAUGCUCGCCCAACGAAAGGAUCCGAGACGGCGGAUCUCAUCGACUUCAUACGCCAGGGACCACCACGGGCUGCUGGUGAGCACCGCAUCGACCGCAAAGUGGCGCCGUUCCGCACAACCAUGGAUUCCGAUGAUCUCCAAGCUCUGGCUCCGCCCGUCGAUCUUGCAGGUCGUAGUUCAGUGGGCAGCAACCACGAGAGCACCGCGACCAAGUCGAUGCAGGAAUCGACCAAUUCGCGGACGGCACUCCUCGAUUCCAGUCGACAGACGCCUGUCCGAGGUCCAGCGCCUAUCAGCCACGAUGUGAAGCGACAAGUCAUACCUGAGCAGGACAGCAUGCCACCACGCACCCGACGACGAGUCAAAGAUCCCUACGCUAUCGACUUCAGUGACGAUGAGGAGCUUGAGGCAGAGCUGGCGGCGCCGCCAAAACCUCGCAGAGAGGAGGAGUCCCUCAUCGACUUUUUAAGGAAUACCGCGCCGCCUCCAGGAAUGACGACUCAGCCGAUCCUUGCAGCGGGUGCUCGACCUCCUCAAGAAAAGACUGACCUCAAACGGUCUGUUAGUAAUUCCAAAUUACGGGACAUACUUGGCCGGGGUGAUAGCUCGGCAAAGAACGGAUCUUCCGCACAUGGUGCUAAUGGCGCGAGAGAGGAACCUCCACAUCUCCAUCAACGUCCCAACGGGGCGUCAGCUGGUCCUGGCGUCCGGAAACCUAGGUUCGAGGCGCGAGAAGCCAAGACAACGGUUACUUCGACUUCAGAUCUGGCCAGCUAUCUGAUGAAUUCGGGGCCAAGCGAGUCAUCGCAGUCACUAACCAACAACAACAAGAACCCCAAACUCCAACAUUCGCCAGUCAAGGAACAGGCUGGAUUCAGGAAGUUCUUCUCUAGAAAGGGGAGCGUGCGUAGAUGA